AAAUGAUGGUGGAGCUGAUACAAAAAAUGUUCCGGGGAAGAAGAGAGUCUAGAGGCAAAGGAGGCAAAAGGUUUAUUUGGAUGUGGGGAGGAGGAGUGUUAAGAUAUUGCAAGGUUAAUAAAAAGUGGGUGGGUAGAAAAAUAUGGAAGCUAGUAAUAUAUGAGUAAAAAAAAUACCCGGGAAGAGAGAGAAGAGUCUAUUGCUUGCAAGACUCUUUAAUUUUUUUUGGCAAAGGAUACAACUAAAAGGAAAAACCAUCUGGAGAAGUUUCUGUCAGCAAACUUGUAGGGUAGGUUAGAACCAUUAGGGAUUUUUAGUUAUCAGAUUUUGUUUCAUUUUUGUCUUUUACAUAUAAUUUUAGGAUUUUAUUUUCAAAUACUAAAAAGAAACAAAAUCUUGUUUUAACUGAGAAAAAUGGAUGGUGAUAUGAUCUUGACUGGUCUAGGUAAACAUUUCAUUUCACUGUAUUGUUUCAUAUUUUAAACAGGAACUCUUGCUGGGGGAAAUGUCCUGGCAGAAUCAUACUACCAUAAAUGAAUUCAUUUUUCUUGGCUUGACAAACCAAACAGAGCUACAAUUGCCUCUCUUUGUUCUCUUCCUAAAUGUGUAUGCUGUCACCUUAUUGGAGAAUCUGGGAAUGAUUUUACUAAUCAGAUCUGAUGCACAGCUUCAAACCCCCAUGUACUUUUUUCUUAGUCAUUUAGCUUUCGUGGAUAUCUGUUAUUCUUCAGCCAUCACUCCCAAAAUGUUGGUGGAUCUUUUAGCAGAGAGAAAAACCAUUAGAUUUUCAGCCUGUGUAGCUCAGAUGUUUUUAUUUGUUAUCUUUGGAAUUACAGAAUGCCUUCUGCUGGCUGUAAUGGCCUAUGACCGUUAUGUGGCUAUUUGUAAGCCUUUUCAUUACCCAGUCAUUAUGUGCAGGAAAAGGUGUGCAUUGCUUGUAGCUGGUUCUUAUGCAGUUGGCUUAUUUCACUCAUUGACACACACCAUAUUCACAUUUACUUUAUCUUUUUGUGGCUCAAAUAAAGUCAACAAUUAUUUCUGUGAUAUUCCUCCACUGCUUAAGCUUUCUUGUUCUGACACCCAUUUUUAUGAGAUGGUUAUAUUUGCUCUGGUUAGUAUCAACUGUGUAACCACUACAAUGACCAUUUUCAUCUCUUACUCCUGCAUCCUGAUUGCUGUCUUAAGGAUAAGCUCCACAGAGAGUAGACGUAAAGCUUUUUCCACCUGUAGUUCCCACAUGACUGUGGUGGCCAUCUUCUAUGGGACAAUUUUCUUCAUGUAUCUACGACCGACUUCUACUUACACUCUGGAUCAAGACAAGGUGGCCUCUUUGUUCUACACAGUGAUGAUCCCUAUGCUGAAUCCCAUGAUCUAUGCCUUGAGGAAUCAAGAGGUGAAACAUGCCUUUCAGAGAAUGAUUAGGAAAAGGCAACAGUCCGAA